AUUCAAAUGCAAAAUGAGGCAGGUAAAGUGUGUAGAUUAACAAGCACGUCCAUGCAUAUCCAACAUGAACCAUGUUGCUGUAAAUGCUGUCUUUGAAGUAAAUAUUUGUCUGUAUGUUCACACAAACACUCUGGUGACACCCAGAGCCCAGUGUUGGUUGGCUGUGUAGGAUCGGUAUGUCAGUGAGUCUGCUGAUGGCAGGCGGGCGGCUGGCGCUGCUCCGUAUGGCUACAGCUGCCCGGAUUGCACUUCCUGGCGUUUUCUAUGUCAAAGUCCUCUCUCCCUCUCGCUAACACAUACUCACACAAACACAGGCAUGCAUGCUGGCUGCAUCCUGCCCGCACGCUCCUCCUGAUUGGUGCUCGCUCUGCGAUCUUCUUUUUAUUUAUUAAUUUUUUUCCGCCAUCCCAGGAAGAGGAUUUCUUCUGGCAGGAGGGCGCGGGAAUGGCGCUGGAUAGGCAGCAUGACCCAGGGUUCAGGUGGCAGCUGUGUUAUGACUUCUCUGCCAGGUCGUGGCUGAUGGCCACCGAACCGUUUCUGGUGAAUGAAGACCCGUCCAGAGGUCCUGGGAUACCAGAGUGCUUCGUAGUGUCUGAUUCCUACAGGGAUGAAUUUCAUCCCUUCAUCGAGGCUUUGCUGCCACACGUCCGUGCGUUCUCCUACACCUGGUUCAACCUCCAGGCCCGCAAGCGCAAGUACUUCAAGAAGCACGAGAAGCGCAUGACGAAGGACGAGGAACGCGCCGUCAAAGACGAACUCCUGGGCGAGAAGCCCGAGAUCAAGCAGAAGUGGGCGUCCCGUCUGCUCGCAAAGCUUCGCAAAGACAUCCGGCCGGAGUUCCGUGAGGACUUCGUGCUCACCAUCACGGGGAAGAAGCCGCCGUGCUGCGUGCUGUCCAACCCCGACCAGAAGGGAAAGAUCCGCCGCAUCGACUGCCUGAGGCAAGCAGACAAAGUCUGGCGCCUGGACCUGGUGAUGGUUAUCCUGUUCAAGGGAAGCCCGCUGGAGAGCACAGACGGAGAGAGGCUGAUCAAGUCACCGCAGUGUUCCAACCACGGCCUCUGCGUGCAGCCGCACCACAUCGGAGUGUCCGUGAAAGAACUGGACCUGUAUCUGGCCUACUUUGUCCAUACGCCAGAAUCUGGACAAUCGGAUAACUCUAACCAGCAAGGAGAAGCAGACAUCAAGCCUCCGCCCAAUGGGCACUUGAGUUUCCAGGACUGCUUCGUGACGUCAGGCGUAUGGAACGUGGCGGAGUUGGUCCGUGUGUCACAGACACCAGUUGCCACAGCAACCGGACCCAACUUCUCGGUGGCCGACCUCGACAGUCCAGGAUAUUACAAUCAACCCUCUGUCUCUCUCUCUCUUGCCUUGUCGUCAUGUGUCAAACGCUGCAGGGCUGAGAUGGAGUUGUAUGCCAGUCUCCCGCGGAGCUCCAACAAGCGUAAAUCCAUUGAUGACAGUGAGAUGGAGAGCCCGGUGGAUGAUGUCUUCUAUUCGGGCCGUUCUCCUGCCCCGGGAGCAUCCCAGCCCAGUGGCUGGCCCAAUGAUGUUGAUGCAGUGCAACACCAUUUGGCCAGUAUGCAGGAGAGGAAGAUAAAACAUGAAAACGAUGGCGUGCAGUUUCCUUACCAUGGACUAUCGUCGCCUGGUUCUCUUAAGAAGUCGGGGAAAUUCGAUUUCAGCGCUCUGUCCGGCCAUACGAGGUCUGCACGCAUGCCGUUCACCCAUCACCCGCUGCCCAUGCUGGCAGGUGUAAGACCAGGAAGUCCCCGUGCCUCAGCUUCAUCCCUGCACUUCCCCUCACCCUCCAUCAUACAGCAGUCCAGCCCAUACUUCACCCAUCCCACCAUCCGAUACCACCACCACCCGGGACAGGACCCGCUCAAGGAGUUUGUGCAGUUUGUGUGCGCCGACGGAUCAGGCCAGGCCAGUGGUCAGCCGAACGGGAGCGGCCAGAGCAAAAUGCCGGGCUCCUUCUUGCUGCCUCCACCCCCCCCUGUGGCGCGUCCAGUGCCCAUCCCAAUGCCAGACUCUAAACCCAGCAGCACGCCCCCCGACGGCGGACUCACCUCACCCACAUCUCCUUCAUACUCCACGCCAGGCUCCACAGCUCCCAACAGGUUUGUCAGCAUCGGAUCACGGGACAACAACUUUCUGAACAUACCCCAGCAGACGCAGUCGUGGUUCCUUUGACGAGGUCCUGGCUGCAACCUGUCAACACAAUUUGGAAGUUUUAUUACAAAAAAAUAAAAAUAAAAAAUCCUGUUUGAAAAGCCCCUCCAACCCGAAACGCACCCUAAGAAACGUGAGCAGCAUAUGAUUGGGAAACGUUCGACCCUGUGUUUGCCAACCAUCAGACGCCCCUCAAGCCCGCUCCUCCACCUCCGAUAAAGACUUUCAGAUCACAGCAGGAGGUGAGGGACUGACACGCACCUACAGCAUCUCGCAAGAACCGGCACCAAACCAACGGCAGCAUACAGGAGCAAGAACCCCAUGAACACAGACAGAAAAUGUUACUAAGAACAAGGAUGUAGUGUACAAUGGCUGGGAUUAUCAACAGUUUCAGUGGUGAGGAUU